GGGAGAGGGGUUGAUGCGAGGAAAAGUGGAAAAUCGAAUGAUUGAUGCAUUUGUAAAACGAGUAGUUAGCUAUGUUCCGGUCGAUGCUCUCCAAGUAUUAUAGCAAAACGUAUAAAAAUCGCAGGAUUUCAAUUUACAGUUUUUAUUUCCCUCCUACGCGUGAGGUAUAAGGCGGCUCUAGAGGGGGGUAGUGAUACGCUUGGAUUUUCGCUAGCUAAUUUGGCUAGCCAUGCUAACGCUAACUGGUUAGCUUUGUUUACAUCAAGUGCGCGCCUGGGGUCUGGUAGCUAAUUGCUAACCAAACGAAUGUGUGAUCUUUUGAGGAACUCUUUGUUCAAUUAGGCAUCGACGAGGACACAGUGUUGAAUAGCAAAUGUGCGCUAUGUCUAACUUCGACCAUCUCUCGUGUAGAACGAUUGGCUGAUAUCGUAAGCUAACUGUAGCUACAUAAUGCUAACCUUUUGAUCAUGGGUCGUUUGACCGUUUGAUUCACUGUUAGCUGUGAGGUAGCGUUAGGGAUAAUGUAAGGAAUUGUAACCUAAGGUCUAAUUGGUCCGAAUUAAGAGAAACUUUAUUUGUGAUAUGAAAGCUCGUCGAUGAAUUGGAGCGACUACGAACCGGUGAUGCUAACUAUAGCUAGCCGAGCUAACGUUGUGCGCGUCUAGUGAUAACCACUUCACCAUGUUCGUUGUCUAUUAUUGUGUCUAUUAUUAAUUCAUAUGUCUGCAUUGACACGCUGGAGUGUCUGAUUGUUGCUCUGCCAGGCCAGUUUAUACUCCCUCCAUCCACUCUGAGACUUGGCUAUCUUGAGCUCCGUUGCAGAGAGUGGUUGGAUUUUUUCCCGGGCCGUGUUUCCCCGAGGCUGCGGAGUAUACCGCUAUGAACCCCGUUAAUGCAACCGCUCUGUACGUGUCCGCCAGCCGGGCCGUGCUGCAGUGUGACCCGCGGCAGCCUCACACCUUCGCAGAGAUGUACAAGCUACUGCCUGUCUUCCGACAGUCCCUCGCAUGCCUUGUCUGUGGUAAACUGCUCCAGGAUCCCAUUUCCCCAACACAUCCAGAGUGUCAGCAUUAUGUCUGCUCGGGUUGUAAAGGCCAGAAGAUGCAGAUCAGGUCGUCAUGUAGCCGCUGUAAGGACUAUUCCUGUUUCCAGGAGAACAAACAGCUCUGUUUGCUGGUGCAAUGCUACAGGAAGCUCUGCCUAUAUGUAACUCAUUCACCGUUGCUGCAGCCAAUCAGCAGCCAUGUAGGAGGGUCUCCAGAGGUUAUGGCCUUGCUGGAGGAAGCGCUAAUAUCACACGAAGAGGAAAUAGAGAUAGAGGACCCAGGCCUAGCACAAGAAGAUGUGAAUCCCUCUGCCCCUGAGUCCCUUACCCCCACAGAGGCACCACCUGCUCCUGCAGAGCUGUCAGCUGUACCACAGAGCUCCUCCUCUGAUCCUCCCUGUUCCAAUGGACCACAGGAAUGCAAUGGAGAAGUGCUGGAGGACCUGGAUCCCUCGUCUCCUGAGCUGGAAGUAUGCGAGCUGGUAGAGGAGCAGCCACAGGCAGGCCUGUCUGUGUCCAAUACUGGUUGUGGUGGUCUGGAACUGAGUCUGACCACUGGACCGUUAGCCCCAACUCCAGGCACUGUGUGCUCACUCAGGGAUGGGGGAUCUAGCAGCAGGGAGCUGGAGGAGGGGGAGGUGUUGCUUCUAAGUGUGGAGGAGGUGUUACAGACUUUGGAUCCUCUUCAGCCCGGUCGAGAUUCUCCUCAUACACAGCCAGAAAGAACCCACACACACAUAAGCACGGACAGAGCACAUGCUCAAAUGUACAUACAGCUGGAUGCAGCUCAUAACUACACACAGACACGAACAGACAGGACUAGCACAGUGUCAAGCCAUGGUGCUUACAUACACACAUCUUCCUAUGAUCCUCCUCCAAACUCCAAGCCCCCGCCAGUCCGCCUUAAACGUAAACGAUCUCGUUCAGAGAGUGACAGGGAAAAGGUGAAACCCCUCCCUAUCGCCUCCAUCCUGCAGGGUUCCUCUUCACAGCUACACACUCCAAACCCCGCUCAGACAUUGCAUACGCAACCACCCACACCCCCCUUAACUGUACCAGCACACACAUACUCAUCCCUUCAUAAUGGGGCGCCUCCCAAAGCCAGUCGCCCUGCACUGAACCACAAUAAGAGUGCCAGGAAGCAUGUCGAUCCGGGCCCUAAGAAGCCCCAUGCAAAGGCCCGCACUGGUGGAGGCUCCAAGACCAAGGAUGGCAAAGACCAACGGUUGAUGUCAGGCUGCCUUGUGCCCCCAGCGCCUGUCAGGCCUCCAUAUAAGAAGCCAGUGGAGAAGAAAGGAUGCAAGUGUGGCAGGGCCACCCAGAAUCCUUCUGUGUUGACCUGCAGGGGGCAGCGCUGUCCUUGUUACUCAAACCGCAAGGCAUGUCUGGAUUGUAUCUGUCGAGGUUGCCAGAACUCCUACAUGGCCAACGGUGAGAAAAAGCUAGAGGCCUUCGCUGUGCCAGAGAAAGCCUUGGAGCAGACGCGGCUCACACUCGGCAUCAACCUCACCAGCAUCACAGCGGCUGCGGCACUCCGCAACCCGGCGACCACCAGCAUCCGAGCGAACAGCCUCCUCAAUGUUGCCACAGCAACGGGGGCCCCCGUGACCACGGCCUACCUGUCCCCCAGCCCCCCACAAGAGUCCAACUAUGAGGACAGCCUGGAGCUGCUGAUUGGAUGAGAGGCUGGGACUCAAAAACAAAACAGACAGCUCGGUGCUGAUUGAAUGUGAUGACUGAUCAUUGUGUCUCUCAGACAACCCCCCAAAUAUCUAAGGCAGCUAUGGGUCUGUCCUGUCCUGUAACCUGCUCUUCUUCUGUGUUGGAAAUGCUGAGUAGUAAGACUAGCAUGGGUGUGCCAAAGUCUCCUGUAUUGUGCCUGUGUGCUGGUGUGUAUUGUUGCCUGCCUGUAGUUAAACACUUCUACUUGGUUCCAAGGCUGUUCUGUACUUCAGAGGUGCUUUUUGUUCAUAGACCACAGACAUACUGUAAGAGGCAACAGGAACCCAUACCAGGUUUUGUGUUUGUAAGUGUGUGCACACAACUAUAGAUUGGAGUGUGUGCGUAUGUGUGAUUAUUGGUGCAUAACGAUAACAAAAAACGGCAUCAUUAUCUAUCUAUAUCUCAAGUCACCUGUCAGCAUAUUCCAUGUUUGAGUAUUACUCCAUGUAUGUUUAAGAAAUGCAAUGCAUCAUUGGUAUUAGGACGGCCCUUACUAAUCCUUAACCCUGUAUGUGUUCACUCCUUAAUUGUGAAUGAAUCUUAUGAUUAAUCUUUGGAGAAGUUCUGUCUCACACAAGACUGUAUGCCUUUCUAGCUCGUUAACUCACUCAAUCCAAGUACUGUCAACUAAUAAUGAAUUUGUCUUAAUGAACUUGACUGAUGCAGGCAUUGUACAGGCAGCAAGAUAAUGUCAAAGCACUUGGCUGGCUCCGCAGUUUGUAUGUAAGUGUGAGUGUGUAUGCGCCUGCUGAGAUUUACUGUAAUGUCAGUGGGGAGGCGUCUGGUGGGUUGUAAGCACUUAGGUUGAUUGAUUGGCCAAAUUACAACUAAAACCAUUCUUGGUUACCAUAGCAAUAGGAGCCCCCAACAAGGAGCCUCCCAGCUCUCGUGCACACACACAGUUGUUUACAGUGUUGCCAUUUAUAUCAACUUUAACUGUCUUCUAAUAUUACACUGUUAGGUUUUGUUUAUGGAAUUGUACAUGCCUUUGUGUGUGUGUGUGUGUGUGUGUGUGUGUGUGUGUUUAGAUAAACUGAAGCCAUAGGUUGUCAUUAACAAGAUAAAAUAUCCUUUAUGUGUGCAUUUUUUUCCCAACUGUUUUAGUGUCCUGACUGAUUGGAGAUCCACUCGGAGACUAUUUUUGAUACCAAAUGUAUGAGAUUUGGUACCUCUGUCUUUUUGUGUGUUUUAGUUAAAGCACCUUGAAGCCCUCUUAUAACUCGAGGCUGUGUUUUGUCUGUGUUUGUGUUUACUGUCUCAGCUGUAACUACAACAUGUUUGUCAGUCCAGUCAUGGUGACCAAAAAGAGACUGAAGGGGAGAGAGAGGACUCAGGCCGACCAAACAAACACCUUGGUUCUUCACUCAUAAACCAGGAAGUAGCAGGUGGAUUGCAGUAUGAUCGGAAAGUCUGAUCUAUCUUCCUGCGUGUGUGUAUGUUUCAAAAUGUAUUUCUUUUGGGCAUUACUUGAACCCUGAUUAGUUUUUGGUAUUGUUUUUUUUUUUUUAUGUAAAAGCUCUUGUUUGAGGAGUGACUUAUUAUUGCUGAAACAUUCACUGCCAUAAUAUGGAAACAUGUAAUACAACAUGAAUUAAAUCAUAGUUUUUUA